AUGGAGAAUUACCAGAAAAUCGAAAAGAUUGGUGAGGGCACGUACGGUGUUGUAUACAAGGCCCGGGACAUGACGCCCGGAGCCAACGGACGUAUUGUUGCACUGAAAAAGAUCCGUCUGGAGGCCGAGGAUGAAGGCGUGCCUUCUACUGCGAUCCGCGAAAUUAGCCUGCUCAAGGAGCUUAAGGAUGAUAAUAUUGUGCGCCUCUUGGAGAUCAUUCAUCAGGAGGCCAGGCUGUACCUUGUGUUUGAAUUUUUGGACAUGGAUCUGAAGAAGUACAUGGACAAUGUAUCGAACCAGCCCGAGGGUCUCGGGCCGGACAUGGUCAUGAAAUUCACAUACCAGCUUGUGCGUGGGAUCUAUUUCUGUCACGCACACCGCAUUUUGCACCGUGACUUGAAGCCACAGAACUUGUUGAUCGACAAGGAAGGAAACUUGAAGCUGGCCGACUUUGGUCUUGCGCGCGCAUUUGGUAUUCCUCUGCGUACAUACACACACGAAGUCGUCACGCUCUGGUACCGCGCUCCGGAAGUUUUGCUUGGCUCGCGCCACUACAACACAGCGAUCGACAUGUGGUCCGUCGGCUGCAUCUUUGCAGAGAUGGCGAUGCGCACGCCACUUUUCCCAGGCGACUCGGAAAUUGAUGAAAUUUUCCGUAUUUUCCGCACUUUGGGCACGCCCAACGACGAGACAUGGCCGGGGGUAAAGUCGCUUCCGGACUACAAGAAGUCUUUCCCGCAAUGGAGUGGCGUGCCGCUCAAGAAAGCGGUGCCUGCUUUGGACGAGGAUGGGCUUGAUUUGCUGCGUAUGAUGCUGAUCUAUGACCCUUCGGGCCGGAUAAGCGCCAAACGCUCGCUCCACCACCCAUACUUUGCGAGUGUCACUGCACACUGA